AUGGCUGACAUCCUGCGACGAAGAGGAAUAUACAAAACUACUCAUUGGAUACAUCCGCUCUCGCAGGCCCUAGGAAUAGCAUACAGACAAACCUCUCUGGAGACGCUAUCUGCAAAGGCCGGGGUAGCGUAUAGUUAUACAGUAGAUUUUGCGGGGACGUCUAUUAAGAGAAGGUAUCCCCGCGUCGUUGAGGGGAGAAUCCAAGGAACAACACCCCACCUCUCAAGCAAAGACAAAGCCGACGGCCAGAAAGUCGUCACGGUUGGAUUCCAUGCCCGGAAUGGAACGAGAUACUUGUCCAUCCAUGCUCACGGCGACGGCACUUGGAAAGAGUUUCUUUCGCGGGCGGGAAAGGCUGUUUUGCGUAAGGAGAGGGAUGGAUCUCAAAGGAGGGCGAUGCAGGGGAGAGUGAGUAGAUCUUCCUGCUAG